AUGGGCCACGACCACGCUGCCCCAGGUGGGCAUACCCACGACCACAACACGCCAGCAGAUCAUGGACAUACGCAUGAGGUUCUGGAUGGACCGGGCAGCUAUAUGGGACGCGAGAUGCCCAUCAUCGAGGGGAGAAAUUGGUCUGAACGAGCCUUUACUAUCGGUAUUGGAGGACCUGUUGGCUCCGGAAAGACUGCUCUCAUGCUAGCUCUCUGCCUUGCACUCCGAGAGAAAUACUCCAUCGCGGCUGUGACCAACGACAUCUUUACCCGUGAAGACGCCGAGUUCCUCACCAAGAACAAGGCACUGCCCGCCUCCCGGAUCCGCGCUAUAGAGACUGGAGGCUGCCCACACGCGGCAGUCCGCGAAGACAUCUCCGCCAACCUCGCAGCGCUAGAAGACCUCCAUCGAGAGUUCACUUCAGACCUUCUACUGAUCGAGUCUGGCGGCGAUAAUCUAGCGGCAAACUACUCUCGCGAACUGGCUGAUUACAUCAUUUAUGUCAUUGAUGUCAGUGGAGGUGACAAAAUCCCUCGCAAGGGUGGACCUGGGAUCACGCAGAGUGAUCUCUUGAUUGUGAACAAGACGGAUCUAGCUGAGGCUGUCGGUGCGGAUCUGGAUGUGAUGGACCGGGAUGCUAGGAAGAUACGCGAGGGCGGACCUACCAUUUUCGCUCAGGUGAAGAAGAAUGUAGGCGUUGACUACAUCGUUGGACUCAUCGAGAGUGCUUGGAGAGGCAGUGGAGCCGAGGCUGUCUCCAAGGCCAGAGGUGGACCGGUUGCAACUGCUCAGUUGGAUGAGCUGAAAUGA